CAUAUUCUACAACAGAUCAUCAAAGGCGAUGAUGGUUUGGUAUGAAAGGGGGGAUAUUGUGGUGGUUUGGUAGUUGUCAGUUUACAACCAAGUUUCAACAUAUUUCACGAUAUUUAUAUGGUCAGUCCAAUAAAGACCGCUUAAGGAAGUUUCUGGAUGAAAUUGAAAACCACGAUAACGUCAAGUUAAUCCACAACGAAGGAAAGAAGGAUGUACCAACUAUCCCAACCGAGAUGAAAAGAACACAGUCUUUCGUUCGUCACAAGUUGGAACAGUUAGAAGUCCAACAACUGAUUGAGUUUCUUCAUGGUAUGAAUGCAGUGAAUCCUUGUGUUCUUGAUGUGAGAGGAAAGAGUAGUUUUGCUGAUUAUCUGAUCAUCUCGAGUGGUAGAAACAGUUCCCAUAUUUCUUUUAUGACUCGUAAGUUGGCAAAGGAAAUAGCAGCUAUAUCACCUGGUCAUCGGAGACCUUUGGUUUAUGGCAGAGAACGGUCAGAUUGGAUUGCUGUAGAUAUUGACCGUAUUGUGGUGCAUUGUAUGUUACAAGAAACCAGGGAAUGGUAUCAGAUUGAACAACUUUGGUUGGAUGAGACAAAUGAGGAUAGCCAAUGAUACUGUUUUUGGAUACUUUAUCUUAUUGAAAACA